CCGUUCGGUGCCGUGGAGGCCUACCAUGGCGGCCGCGGCAAGAAUCACCUUGCCAACGUCGAGAGCAAGUUCGCAAGCGGUGAGAGAGAGAGAGAGAGACGCUGCAAUUCUUAACACACAUGCACACCAGCCAAGUACACACACCUCUGUGUGUGUGUGUGUGUGUGCAGGCGCUCUGCGUAUUGUCGUGGCGACGAGUGCGUCCUGUGUGAACCUGAUCAACACGGGAGUGCUGAAUGGCCUGAUCUACUACAGCACGCCGCAGUCCUUCGAGGCACUGAGGGCUGAGCUGACGGCCUGGGGGUCAGCCUGCCAGGAUGGUACGUCCUCUCACAGACACGCACAGAGAGCCCAUAUGGCUGUGAGGGGACGACACAGCCACACGUGUGUGUAUGAGUGUGCUGAUACACAUAGGUGUGGUAUGCUGUGGUGCCUCUUGUAGCCGAAGGAAAGUGCCAUGUGUUUCUGCGCCCCGAGGAGCUGAUGACGGUGCACAGGGCGACCAGCGAGCCGUCCGUCGACCCGUGGGCCGCACCCUCACCGACGGCAAAUGGGAUCUCACCAGUGGUGAGUUGAUUGAAAGAGACACGGCUCACAGAUACGGAGACACAAUAUAGUCUCCGUCGCUGUAUGCGUCAGAUCGCCGCCUACAUUUCAUAUAUAUCUCAAGACUCUUUCCCACGCGUCACUGCCCAUGCAAGAACGGAAUGAUGCCUCUGGCGAGAGUACGUGGAGAACUGGUACAGGACAACCAUUUCAGAGGACCCGAAGGACAUUGAAGACUGGCCAAACUUCGACGACGACCCCGUCGUCUUCAUGUGGAAGCUCUGGGAGAUGAAGGUGCACUUCAUCGACGUAAGUUACACACGUGCUUCAAGAUGGAAACAAACACUCUUGGAGAGACCGAGCAUAUGUCCAUCAUCGUGAAUAAUGCAGGAGUUCGAGCUGCGCUUCAACGCCCUCUCCAAGAACCGCUGCCACGCCAUGCUCAUCCAAGCCUCCAUGCGGCCACCAGGGCACCUCUGAAUCACAGCUGCGCAUGUGCUGCUGUAUGUCUGAGAGGUCUGCUCAUUCAUGGUGUGUGCCUGUGUUGUCAUCAGAGACAGAGGAAGACCCGCGACGAGUUGGAGGCGGAGCUGGCCGAGGCCAAGGCGCAGUUAGUGACGGUGAGGGAGGAUGCGCUCAAGGCAGAGAAGGAGGCGAGCAACACCACCGACACACUACCCGAAUCCCCGCCCUCACCACCCGAAGCCCCAGCCCAGCAGACCAGCCGACCCACUAUUCCAACUAAGAGAGGCGGGAGUGCCUGGGGCUAG